CUGAAAUGUGAUGAAAAUAAUGCUAAUAAACUUUAUCCAAUAUAUUUUAUUUUAACAUAUUUUCUUGAAAACUUUUAUAAGGCCCACCACGAAGGAGGGUAUACUUGCAUUGCUACAAACAUCGCUGGAUCAACGGAGAGAGAGUUUAGUGUUGAUGUUUUAGUGCCACCCAAGCUCGAAAGUCCAGACACUUCCUUGGACUUUGAACCUAAAGUUCACUUGAACAGACCAGUAACCCUGAGAUGCCCAGUUACAGGAAGUCCACUGCCACAGAUUCGGUGGUUUAAAAAUGGCAGACCACUUAAUGACAGCUCUGAUUCCAAUGUCUACAUCCUUUCUGGUGGACUACAACUGAGCAUUUUAAGAGCCAGGGAAAACGACACUGGAAAGUACUCAUGUGUGGCAUUAAAUGAGGCAGGAAAUACACAGUUAGACUUCAAUUUGGAUGUUUAUGUACCACCAAGAAUAGAAUCAACCAACCGUGAUACUCGAUACACCAUCACAGAAAAGGAUCCAGUUAUUAUUAAUUGUCCUACACAAGGUAACCCCCCUCCGACAAUUACCUGGCUCAAAGAUGGUGACUUUUUGACCAGUGAUCAACUUUCUAGAAUUGAGAUUUUAGAUAAAGGUCAGAAACUUAAAAUAACUGCAGCUGAAGUAACUGAUACUGGGAAAUACACCUGUGUUGCUGGAAAUGAAGCAGGUGUAACAGAGAAGGACUUUAAAGUGGAUGUUCAAGAGAAAGAUUUUAAUCUCAAUGUACAAGUUCCCCCUAAAAUAACCCGUCAAAGUGAAAACCUAGUUAGGGGACCUAUAGUGAAAGAAGAAAGAGUGAAGGCUGUCUUAAAUGGUUCGGUCAAGUUGGAGUGUCGAGUGAUUGGGAACCCCGAACCUACAAUCUUGUGGUUAAAAGAUGGUCAGCUUUUAACUGCUACAGAAAAGUAUGGACAGUAUCAAGUUGAACACAAUGGUCAGUUACUGCGUAUCACUCGAGUCCAGGUGUCGGAUGCCGGGUUGUACACGUGUGUGGCUUCCAAUGUAGCGGGCACUUCGGAGAAAGAUUUCAAAGUGGAUGUGUUGGUGCCGCCCAAAAUUAAAGGCGAUGAACAAGAAUCACCCGAAGUCUUAGUGAAUCGCCCACUCUCUAUUGAUUGUCCAGUUGACUCCCACCCACCUUCAUCUUUUACCUGGAUUAAAAAUGGAGUGCCUGUAGACCUCACAAACAAUCCUUUUAUUAGGCUGUUAGAUGGUGGACGAAGACUGCAACUGUUACGAACUCAAUCAUAUGACAAGGGACUUUACACUUGUAUUGCAGAAAAUGAGGUUGGAUCUGCUGAGAAGCAUUUUAAUUUAGAUGUUCAUGAACCCCCAGCAAUCCAGUCUUCAAGCCCAAAUCCUUUAAGUGUAAAGGGUGAUUGGGUCCAUUUGGAAUGUAAUGUCUCUGGCAAUCCAACACCACAAGUGUCAUGGCUCAAAGAUGGACAAGUGUUGACAGCACAAGAUCUAAAAAACUUGGUGAGUC